CGUGGCACUCUUGUCUGUGCUUGGACCGGUGUCUCUGCCUGGAGGUUAAGGAUAGGGUCUGGCGUGGGAAUCUGCCAAGAUGGGCGGUGCGUCCAUCCUCGGUACAGCUAUGGGGGCAGGGAUGGGGAGACAUAAUGGCAUCUAGUGUGGAGGGCUGUAGCUUGAACCUUCCCCGCGCGAGACCCCCAUCGCCAUUCUGGACGGGACCCUGCCCCUCCCCCUUCCUGGAGCGUGACCCCCUCCGCCUCGCCCCGAGGCCUUUGGCGACUGGGUCCGUUGGGGCAGAGCCAUGGAGGAAAAGCCUUUCAAAGCGUUGGCCAAGUCUUCGGGCCACCGUGGCUCAGGCAAGUCGAGCCCGCACGACAUUCGGAAUCUGUGCACCACGGCCACGCAGUCGCAGCCGAAGCUGAAUGUACCGCUGCCUACUGUCCGUGAGGACUCGGAACUGGAGGGCAGCAGCGUAGGCAGCAAGACUUGCUGGUCUUACAACCAGAAGGCUGGCCACGACUCGGACGGUGGCUGGGAAGAAUCGGAUGACGGAGAGGACAAGGACAGCUUCAAGCCAGAGGAGCUGGACGAGCACGCCUUGAUGGAGCUGGAGAUGCGCCGCGGCAGCUCCCUGGGAGGCCCUUUAGAGGAGGACGAUUCCAAGACCGACGACGAAAAGUCUUCUUCAGUGUCAUCGCUCAAUAUCUCGAAGCACACACCCCAUCGAGCCUACUGGGUGGAGCAGCAGAGCAGGCUGCCCCUGCCCCUGACUGAACUCAUGGAGAAUGAAGCCCUGGAAAUCCUCACCAAAGCCCUCCGGAGUUUUCUAAGGCUAUUUCUUCACUUGCCCAUUGGGGAUGACAGCCUUUCUGUGGCCUUGGCCCCUCCCUGGUUGCUGUGAGGAGCCUUUGGACAGUGGAUUAUUUGAGUUACCGAUCGGAGAUCGGCCGGGACCACUUCCUGACCAAGCAGCUGCAGCGAUACAUCGAGGGGCUCAAGAGGCGCCGGAACAAGAGGCUGCAAGUCAUGGUGAUCUGAGAGCACCGCCUCGGGCUCGAGUGACCGCCCGACUCCAGCCCUGGUCCCAGAUCCAAGCCCGACCCUGUCCAUGUGGAUUUUGAGCCUUAGAGAAAUAAAAGAGUCUUCUGUACA